CCAUCAUGAUGCCCAGAUGCAGCCAGGUGUGCCACACGUUACACAAACCGCCAGGCAGCCACACAGACUAAACUCGGCAAUGGUUAGGCGAGUCGAGUCGUCUUUUCCUUUCUCUUCAAAAUUCAGGAGGUUGGUCCAACAACCAUCGCCACCGCUAGCCGCCUAGCCUAGCCUCAAAGCAGCCGGUCUGCCUAAUUGCUCUUUGCGCCCAUCAUACAUAAUAUAUAUGUAUAUAUACGGGCCCCGCUCGCUGCCCCGGAUGCCCUUCGUAACCGCUCUUUGAAUCUGUCCUUUUCCAAAUUUGCUUCUUCCGCGGUCGAGUCCUGUCGUCAUGGCCGACGAAGCGCGUGCCGUGCUGGCGCAUUUGUUGGUGACGGUGCAGGAUCAGAAAUCGCGCCAUUACGAGAAGUAUGCGGGGUGGCUGCAGGGCAGUCCGGGGAUUGAGGAGUUUCUGUUUGGGUGUUUGAGGCCUGGGGUGGUGAGGUGGAUUGAGGGGGGGAGGGGGGCGGGAAUUGAUUCGUGGGUUUUGAAAUUGUUGAAAGCGACUGGUGGUGAUAUUAAAGGAAAGGGAGUGUAUCUGCAUGGGAUUCUGGGGUUGGAUAGGUUCACCCGCAAAUACAUCGGCCAAUCCACCGACCUCCCCCUCCGCAUCUACAAGCAGCACAUGUACUUCCGCUACCGCCGCGACCACCCCUCGCUGCACUACUUCGCCGUGCAACGCUCCAGCUUCGACGUCUUCUCCAUCCUCGCCGUUGUCCCACCACCACCAUCAAACCAAACCCCAUCCCAAGCCCCAAACUUCCACGACCGCCCCGAUCUCCUCCUCAACAUCCUCGAGAUGUGGCUCUGCCUUCUCUUCCGCUCGCUCCCCGUCGCCUCCCUGCACGCGUACCUACCGCCCGGGUCGCUCGUGAGCAUGGGCCCGCCGGAGAGCUUGAAUGUUGCGUUGCCGCUGGAUCAGGGGGUGGAGAUGGGGGAGCGGGAGAUGGUGGAUAUAAAAGCGGCCAGGGAUCCGUUGUUGAGGGAGUGGUUUAAGCUUGAUGAGGGGGAGGUUGCGGUGGUGGGCUCGGCCGCGACGGCGAGGCGAGCUGGCGGGCAGAGGACGGAGCGAUCAGAGUGGGGGCAGCGGGAAGAAGUUGGGGGCACAGAGGUUUCGCCUGUAAUGAUGUUCAUCUUCUUAGGGGCCGCGGUGGUGUUGGGGUUCCUAAUGUCGAAUCCGGGGAAGAGGUGAUAGUGGUGGAGUAAGUUGAGAGGUUGGUGUGGAGGUAGUGAUUAUGAGGAUGGGAUUUUCAUCGCACAAAAGUUGCCUAGAGAGACUGUGGUAUGUAAGAGUAGUCAAAGUUUCAUUGGUAGGCCGGCUUUGAUCUCGGUUACUGCAUAGAAUAGUGCAGACUUUUUCAAGCCCGGAAUUUUUCCCUUCAUGAACUAUCGGUGUAUAUUGCUAGCUAGAACACAAACCAGUGGAAAUGAGAGCGAGUUGAAAUGCC